GCAGACCUGCUUCAAAGCUCCUCCGUGAUUGGUUCUGCUCUUCACGUCUUGGAAAAGGUCUCUCCCGGGCUAUUGGAACUGUCGUUAUCGGCUGUCGACUCGCAAACGAACUUCCUAUGGUCUACCGUCCAGUUGAAAGACGUUGCUGAUUUGUCGUUAGUCACUCGAUCGGCCGAAAACUUAGGUUGGUGUCUUCAAAGCGUGCUAAAGAUAUCUGCAGAGAUGGCGUCAAUAGAUUCCACCUUAGGCUUCCAAGAGCAGGGUGAAAGAUCUGUUAAUACUGCCCUUAAAGUGCUUGGAAAAGUUGCAGACGCAUUGUUAGCCCUGAGAGUCUCGGAUGAAAACAUGAUAUCGAUCUCCACCGGUCACCUGAAGAUGACAUUAGGGCGACAUAGCCCGAAUAAACUUGCAGGGCUGCAGAUAAAGGGCGGAAGUGGCAGCUUCAUUUUACCACCAUGGCCCGUCACAGGAAGAAACACAACAAGUUUUGUCGACACCCAGAUGCUAUCAAUGUCAUUCAACCCCUACACCUGGGACAGCACCAAGGAGCGAGUCGACUCUGAGGUUCUAUUUCUGGACUUAAAGGACAAUAAAAGCGAGCUCUUGGAAGUGUCAAGUCUACCAGACGACAUUGUUAUCGUUAUUCCAUCAAAACCUCGGACAAUGCCCAAGGAGCUAUGGUACUUCACGACGGAUGACGAUUUACGUUUCCACGAGAUAACUGUCAAGUACGAAAACACUCUGAUACAGGUAGAAGUCAAACCCCAAGAGCCAACUGUACAUCUGUUUGUUUACUUGCGAUUUGGUCAACGGCCAACGACUCGAAACUACGAUCUCAAUGCCACAAUCUCUCAAAAUGGACAGUGUGUUUGGACUGCAAGUGCGCAUGACAAAAAGGAGAGACAACCAGAAUGCUCGUCGAACCCACCUACCCCAAUAGCAACAUUGGCCAGGCAUCCUGGAAAAUACUUUUUAGGCGUAAAAAACUAUAAUGUCACGACGACCACUCCACACAGGAGAAAGAAAAGAACGUGUUUUACAGCUGGACGGCAAAAGCGCUCUUGCGUCGAAAUCAAAGAUCCCCCACCUACCCUACUCAUGAGUAAAACUGCAUCUGUGACACCAGCUUAUGAUUCCAAAACCGAUCAGAACUAUACUCUGAGGGUGACCUUCGGUAGCUGUGUAUACUGGUCAGCGAAAGUUGAGAUGUGGGUAACAAAAGGCUGUCGGAUUUUAGGAGCAUUGGACAGAUUUAUUAACUGCAGCUGCGAUCACCUGACAUCCUUCGGGGGAAGUCUUUUGGUUAAACCGAAUCCUAUCGACUUCGACAAGGUUCAAGUGCAGAUUCAAAAGUUGCCAGAAUCUGGAAAUAUCACAGUUAUUUUGGCGGUGGCGUUGGUUUUCUUAAGUUACGUGAUUGUGCUUGUUAUCGUCAGGAAGACAGACAUAGAAGACUCUAAAAAUAACGUUUUACCAGUCCAUUUGCCAUCCUCUCCAGAGAGUACAUAUGGAUACGAGAUAGUAAUAACUACAGGAGUCUGGAUAUACUCAGGCACAACAGCUCAAGUUGCUAUGGAGAUUUACGGUUCUGACGGAAGGAGUGGCAUUCUUCAGCUCAGCCAAGAAGAGACUGGUUCAAUUGACGUGUUCUUCUCUCGUGGUAACUCGGCCAUGUUUGUACUGUAUGUUAACAAAUCUCUUGGUGUGAUUCGAGAAGUGAAGAUUGGUCAUAACAACUUUGGUGACAGUCCUUCGUGGUUUUUAGAGGAAAUUUUCAUUCGGGACGUACAAUCCAAUCAGUCUUGGAAAUUUAUGGUCAGUCAGUGGUUUGCUCUUGAGCGCGGAGACGGGCGUAUCGAGCGAAUGUUUCAAGCAACGGUAUCUCAAAUGGACUUUGCCAGUGAGGUUGCAAGACGCUGGCGGAGAGGGCUUACGGAGCUACAUAUCUGGGUGUCAGUUGCUGCCAAACCAAAGAGAAGUCACUUUUCAAGAGUACAGCGGGUUUCUUGCUGCCUUUCAGUGCUUUUGACAUCCAUGUUUGCAAACGCAAUGUUUUAUGAGCUCCAAGGAAAAUAUGAACAACCUAUUCAAGUUGGACCGCUGAAAUUCUCGUGGAGACAAGUAGUUACUGGUAUUGAAAGUGCGCUCAUUGUGGCACCAAUAAACAUACUAAUAGUGCUUUUAUUUAAAAAAGCAUCCAAAAAGUCCUCGAGUAACAACAGUCCUUGCUAUAAAGCUAAUUUAAUCAAAGGUAUCGCCUGGUUCUUGUUUUUCGGUUCUUGUGCUAUUUCUGCUACGUUUACAAUCUUCUAUAGCCUGAUUUGGGAAAAGAGUGUCAGUGAGCAGUGGCUGUCCUCAAUGCUUAUCUCCUUUGCUCAAGAUGUCACAAUCAUGGAACCAGUUAAAGUGUUCUUUACAGCUGUAGUUUUGGCGGCCAUUAUCAAGAUGAAGGCGAAGAGAUCAACGGUACCUGCAUGUGAAGACUCUAAUCAAGUUGAAAGCGGUUGCUCAAAACAAAGGCUGUGGACGUUGAAAUUAGCGGAAGUAGAAAAGAUGAGGAAACGCCAGGCCAAGAAACAGAACCUGUCACGUUAUUUCACAGAGUUGGGUAUCUACUUGGUUUUCGUUUUCUUGUUAAUGGUAGUGUGCUAUGGAAACAGAAAUGACCAUCGCUACUUAAUGACCAGAUCAAUCCGAGAUGGACUGCCCAAUUUUAACAAUGUGACAGAUGACAGGAAGUACUGGAGCUGGCUGCGGGAAGUUUUCAUUCCUGGAGUGUUUUCCGGUAGAUGGUACAACGGUCAGGAAGAGAAAAAAACAAUGUACAUUGGUAAUAAACGCUCUCUUCUCGUCGGGAUGGCUCGAUUAAGGCAACUGAGAGUGAAAUCGAACUUUGACCACAUCAGUGAGGCCAUCAAAGCUUUGAGGGGAAAAACAGGUCAAGAACCAGGAGAAAAACAGUCGAAAUACUCAAAAGGAAAAUCAUUUUUCGAUGGAAUUAGCAAAUUCUUGAAAACACUGGGAAGAAUGAGCCAUGACGAACACUGCAAAGUUAAAAAAAGGAAGAAAGUUCGAUUCCAAGAGGAUGUUGCUAACUCUCAUCUUCGGAAAUUAGAGAAAAGAGAGUAUGACCUGUUUCAGCGGCUUGAUAGGGUUAUGGCGGGAUUCUCAAAAGAGGACGAAGAAUAUCGUUAUCUAAUGGAAACAACGCGAGCUUAUGACUUCUAA